AUGGCUCUGCGUGUGUGGAUCUUGCAGCUCAUGAGGCUGCAGAUACAAUUGUGUCUGACCAUCGGUCUGUUCUCUGUCACGGCGCCCUUCCGCCGAUAACUUAAGAAAGCUUGUCUUUCCCAGGAUCGCAGCAUCAAGUUCAUAGCCGGCGAGAGCCUGUUCAACCGAGAAUACUUUGAGAACUUCAGCUUCUCCAUUCGCAACGACCAGGUCUUCCUGGACAUGUACCUGCGGAAGCACCUGCUCAGAGGCUGGAGAGCCAGACUGGACUUCCGAACCCGCGUGGGAAACUCGAAGAGCUUCCAGAGCCUUUUCUCCACCAACGUCGACGUGUGCCACAUUGUGAACGCGGCCAGGAUCAGCCUGUUUGGGAAGUGGUACAAGAACCUGCUCGAGUACGGCAACUUCCUCCGCCAGUGUCCGCUGGCGGUUCGGGGAGCUAGUGGGUCAUACCGACUGGAGACCUACAACUUUAUCGGAGGGUACAAGGGCAAAGAUGAGGACUUCGUAAUGAGCUGUACGGCCGAUGCUGUCAUACAUAUCUGA